AUGCGUCAAGUCGAGUUCCGAGGCUCCUUAAGGACCUCCGACGUUUUACAACACUGCUUUGCGCGCUGCUCACCCACCGUUACAUCCAUAUCUUUAAUGGAAAUCAAAAUUCAACCCUUACUACUCGUUGGCAAUUCUUUCGCUAUGGGAAAUUUAGACCAAAUCUCCCCGACAGAGCUGAUUCUCGGUGGUAGCGCACUGCAGUGGCUUACUAGCCCGUCGAGUCCCUUUGUGUGGUCUCGACUGACCACUCUAGCAAUAGCUUCUACCGAUUUUGCCAAGCUGGAGGUAUCACCCUUGAAUGUACUCUUCAGCUCAAUUCAAAGACUUCACGUUUACCAACUGUUGGGCUACAACCUUAGCGCUAUAUCACGUACCUUUGCCAAAGUCAUGGAAGCAGCCAUUCUCCGAGUUUUAGAGCUCACCGUGCACCACGACCGGCUGCUUGCACUCGAGAUAUUCCUCUCUCUUUGCCACACUUUCCAGAUGCACACACUCGUCAUACAUAUUGGGUCGUUCCAGGUCCACGACGACUGGUUACAGAUGAUUCGUGACAAAGUGGACAAUGAGACGGAGAAGUGGUUUAUGGAGCAGCGGCUUAGAAGACUGGAAAUCGAGCUGACCGGGCCGUUCUUGCCUUCACGGUCAAGGAGUGCUCUGGCCAGAUUGGAAGAAUGUUUCCCCCGGUCGAAAGCUAUUGCUCCUGAAGGUGUACAUCUGAGCAGAGUGGUCGAUCUAGAGGAUGAGGACGAAGAUGGAGAAGUGUAA